AUGUUGCUGCAGAUUCUUCAGCUUCUCAUUGUGUCCUACAUUGCAAGUCAUGGAGAAGGAAGGCAAACUGAAACAAGAAGAAUAUCCAAAUAUUACUCUAUUAUUCAUCAACAUCACUUAAGAAAGGAGAAAGACUUCACGGGAUCUGUUAAAAAUAUAGGAAACGAUGAAGCAAUAUCCGGUAUAAACAGAAAUAAUACAGAGAAAAACAGAGUUCCUAAAUCAAAACCUCAAGCGAAAGACAAACAUGGAAACAAAAAUGCUCAGGGUUUAAAUGUAUCCAGUAUGGUGGGUUUUGGUGGAACUAGUGCCAACCAAUUCAGUGAAAGAAAAGAAGAUGUUUCUGAAAAGAAUUAUGCCCAUGCGUCCUGGAACCAUUUUAUUUAUAAAAUGAAUGCAGCUUCGGAAACUUUAAAUUAUCCAGUUAAAACACAAGAAGUUCAGAGAGAAAUCUGUAAAACCCUGCCAUUCACCCAGAAUAUUACACAUGAAAACUGUGACACAGUGAUCAUACAGAACAAUCUGUGCUUUGGAAAAUGUAACUCUCUUUAUGUACCGAACCAGAGACAUCAGUUCAACAUAUGUUCCUAUUGUCUUCCUUUCAAAUUUACGAUGAACAACUUGAAACUGAACUGCACAGGAUCUAGAAAUGUGGUUAAAGUUAUAAUGAUGGUAGAAGAGUGCAAGUGUGUGGUUCACAGCCAAAACAGUCAUGGAGUUAACAACAUCAAAGACAGCAGUCUACAUGGCCAUCAUUGAAGACAUGGUCUACGAGCAACUUACUACCUUUCACAUUCAAAAUAAGCUUCAACUCUCAAAGAUACUGA